GUGUCCACUCUCACUUCAAGUAUCCUCAACGUGCCGCUCUCGCAAUCCUCCGCUCAUUCGGCAAACAGGCGAGACAGGGGGCCACAGCCUGGGACCGAUCGAGAUAUUUGACCUCCUCUCUCGACUUCAUUCUUCAGUAUUUAUUGGAACGAGGGUGGUGGUGAUCACUGUAUUUUCGAAGUCGAGUUAUGGAGGAGAGAUACGAGCCUCUGAAGGAAUUAGGAGCAGGGAACUUCGGUGUCGCAAGGCUCGUCAGGGACAAGAAGACCAAGGAACUCGUGGCCGUGAAGUACAUCGAGAGGGGGAAGAAGAUUGAUGAAAAUGUUCAGCGAGAAAUUAUUAAUCAUCGAUCUUUGCGGCACCCGAACAUUAUUCGGUUUAGAGAGGUGCAGGUUACUCCUACUCACCUAGCUAUCAUCAUGGAAUAUGCCGCUGGUGGUGAGCUAUUUGAGAGAAUUUGCAAUGCUGGACGAUUUAGUGAGGAUGAGGCUAGGUUUUUCUUCCAGCAGCUGAUAUCAGGUGUCAGCUAUUGCCAUUCAAUGGAAAUUUGUCACCGUGAUCUUAAACUGGAGAACACACUAUUAGAUGGAAGCCCCGCACCACGUGUUAAAAUAUGCGACUUCGGCUACUCGAAGUCUGCUCUGUUGCAUUCUCAACCCAAAUCAACUGUUGGUACUCCAGCUUACAUAGCACCAGAGGUUCUUUCACGGAAGGAGUAUGAUGGCAAGAUUGCCGAUGUUUGGUCAUGCGGUGUCACACUUUAUGUGAUGCUGGUGGGAUCAUAUCCAUUUGAGGAACCCGACGAUCCCAGAAAUUUUCGAAAGACAAUUAGUCGAAUCCUAGCAGUGCAAUACUCCAUUCCUGAAUAUGUUCGAGUAUCUGCUGAAUGCAGGCAACUUCUCUCUCGCAUCUUCGUUUCCAACCCUGCCAAGAGAAUCACAAUUCCUGAGAUAAAGAAGAACCCAUGGUUUCUUAAGAACUUGCCGAGGGAGCUCGCGGAUGGAGAGAACGGCGAGAAAGCAUAUCAUGAUAAUGAGAUGCAGAGCGUCGAAGAGAUAAUGCGAAUCAUUCAAGAGGCAAAAACUACAGGUGUUACUUCCCAUUCGAUAGAACAAUCUGCAGCAGGACUAGAUGAUACCGAUGCGGAUACUGAAGAAGUUGAUGAUAGUGGUGAUUUCUUUGCCUUCAUUUGAACAAAGAAUUUCAUAUAACAAGAGGAGGAAACCACGCACAGAAGCAAGACUGAUGGUGCAGAGUAAGUGUAGAUUCGAGCAUCACAAAUUCUGCAUGGGUUGGUGUAUUGUGCUUGUGUUUGAUACUGUACAGUUGCUAAACUGAUGUGCUGUGCUUGGUUUAUUUAUAUAACUGUUUUAUUGGAUGGGUAAUUAUGAAAAGUUUAGUUGGUUAAA